ACAACCUCAAAACGAUCUUCGCAGUUCUUCAAAGUGUAUAAAAUAUGUUAAAACUGUGUUAUUUAUAGUAUUAAAUAGUUAAAACAUUUAUCAAAAUGUCUCACACACAACUACUUACCGUCACAACCCGGCUAUGUUGGUUAAAUAGCAUGAAAUACGAGUGUAAAUAUUUACGUAAUACAACCAAAGUUUUAGUAAGAUAUAAAGGCACAAAUGCUGCUAGAAAGAAGACUGCGAGCUCUGUGUACCGUACUAUGAACAUAUUCGACAGACAGGCGAAGAUUCUUCAGCGGGAGCGGUCGGCGCAGAGGGAGGAUUAUCAUUUGGCAGAAUAUAUAAAAGAGGAGGUUGGGUGGCGUACGGCCGAUAGAAUAUUGGAUAUUAAGAGGCUAUUCAAAAACGCCGUGGAACUUGGUGCUGGUCGCGGCUACGUGUCCAGACACCUUCUACCUGACUCCGUAGAGAAGGUCACACUCUGUGACACAUCGCAGACACACCUCACCAAAGCUAUCAUUGGGGAUGGAGUUCAGUUUGAGAAACGGGUUAUGGACGAAGAGAAUAUUGAUUUACCCGAAGACAGUAUGGACUUGGUGGUCUCAUCAUUGUGCCUCCACUGGGUCAAUGACCUCCCUGGCACCUUUGACAAAAUCAUGAACGUGCUGAAACCUGACGGCGCGUUCAUAGCGUCUCUAUUCGGCGGUGACACGCUUAUGGAGCUACGGCAGUCUCUCCAACUAGCAGAUACUGAGAGAUUAGGGGGCAUGACCCCUCACAUCUCCCCUUUCGUACGGGUGAGGGACAUAGGGGGACUAUUGAAUGCGAGCGGCUACACGCUACAGACCGUAGACGUGGACACAAUCACAGUGUGGUACCCGAGCGCGUGGCACGUGAUGCACGACCUGCGCGCGCUCGGCGAGGCAAACGCCGCGUUUAACCGCCCGCUGCGGCUGAACCGCGACGUGCAGUUUGCCGCCGCGGCAAUUUACGAAGAGAUGUACGGGAAGGACUUACCCGAACACAAGUCCCACGGGGUCCCCGUGACCUUCGAGAUCGUGAACCUGCUCGGCUGGAAACCCUCCCCCGACCAGCCGCAGCCCCUGCCCCGGGGCUCCGGGCAGCUGUCUCUGAAGGACCUGCACCGGAUUGAUGAAAUAGUUAAAGAUGUGAAAACUGUUGAACUAAGUGAUGAAGAUAAGAAAUAA